AUGGGCUCAAUCUUUUCAAGACGCAGAAAUCGGUCAAGAAUUACGGAACAAGACAAAGCUAUACUAAGGUUGAAGAGGCAACGUGACAAACUCAAUCAGUUGACCAAUAAGCUAGAUAACCGGAUAGAAAAUGAAAAAGUUCUUGCCAAGGAACUUAUUAGGCAAGGUAAAAAGGAGCGGGCUCUGUUGCUGCUGAAAAAGAAGAAGUAUCUCGAAAACCUCAUUCAUAAAACCAGUAUUCAACUGUCAAACAUCGAACAACUUGUCAAUGACAUCGAAUUCGCUCAAAUAGAAGUGGAGGUUUUAGAUGGGUUAAAGUGUGGGAACAAGGCUCUCCAGGAUAUCCAAAAGGUAAUGUCGUUAGAUGAUGCAGAACGGAUUAUGUCAGAAGCUCAGGAUGCUGUGGAAUAUCAACGUGAGUUAGAUGAUAUCGUUUCUGGCGGUCUGUCCUCUAACGAUUACCACGAAAUUGAGUGUGAAUUAACUCGUCUCGUAGAACCUGAAGUUAUCGAUCUCCCACAUGUGCCUGAUCAUCCCAUAGAUCCGUUUGUUGAAAAAAAAUCAAAAGAUCCUGCACGCAGAGAGCAAAGCAGAGAAGCAUUAGCAGUUGGUAGUUAA